AUGUACGCCGCUCAGAAUAUAACGCCAACAGUUUUGGAUGCUAUGAAUGGAAAUGUUUCCGAAUGGUAUAACGAAUGCGACAAUGCCAUUAGAAGGUCAGAAAUAGUUCCUGGAACUUACGAAUAUACAACUGCUGUUUCUUAUGGAAACGUAGGUGAGUUUGGAGAAGGUUCUUCAACAACAGUAGAUAUUGCUUGCGACAGGUUUCAUAUAAUUUCUAUUGACAACUCUUUCUUAUACGUGGAACAAGACAUUGAAAUAAAACCUUCUGCCAAGUUGUCUGACAAGAAAGGUUGCAAUGGAAUUUUCUAUGUCGGAUACCAAUAUGCUCCAGAAGUUUUCAUGGGAUAUAAGAUAUAUUCUAACUCUGACUUAGUUCAAACAGUAACAUGGGCAAACUAUGAAUGGUUCGCUUUGAGAAACUCAGUACAACCACAAGCUAGAGAACAAACAGACCAGUAUGCAACUAUUGAGAAAAUAAGAAGACUUGACCCUAACGUUCCAGGAGUUUAUGUUAACCUUUCUGGACAAACUGCAGCAGCAGUAACCAAAGUAAAACUGAAACUUAGAGUUCCUUUGUCAUCUUUCCUCAUCUUCAGGUUUUUAAGAUACUUGCCAAACUGGGCAGGAAAAAUUUCUAUCGAACUUACUCCAAGCAAAAAUAACUUAGUCAUUGCACCAACACAAGACCCAUUCACUCUUACAGAA